UGUUAAAUUCUUUGAAAAGCAGUAAAUUGCUAAAAGGGUGCUCGAGGACUCUACCAGCGAAGAGCAGGACCUCCUGGCACAACAUGUUGCCUUCUAGAACAGCUUCAAACCUGCUUAAAAAUUAUCCAUUGGUGUUGAGACAUACAAAUAUGUUAUUUAGACAAAAUCAGAGGGAUUACUCAGGCUCAAGCUAUCUUCACAACAAAAUGAGUGGUCAGAUCUUGAACAAAGGCUUGUAGAUCUCCUUUUGGUACAAGAUUAAAUCUGGAAGAAUUACCAUGAAUGAUCAGACACAUCAACAGCUUGAGAGCUUGUUCAAAGAGCAGUUAAUCCAAAUUCAGCAACCACUGGAUUUCACAUCGAUCAACGCUGCCCCGAUGCCUGAAGGAUUUGAAUUCCCACAGGACGAACUCCCCAAGUUCAACAGCUUGGACUCAGUCAAACUUACAUUCAUCUUUUCCAACUUGAUGAGGGAUCCUAAGGCAAACCAAGAAAUCAUGGGAAAAUAUUUCAAGCAGUUUUUGCCCCACUUCACCUUUGAAGAAGAUUUUUCAGCAAUGCAGAGUAAUGAAAAUCAGAGCGUUCAAGGUAUCAGUUGGGCUAUUGUAUUCCUUGAAUUGCUAAAAUUUCAUCAAAAGCAUUUCACUUUCCAGGAACUGAAUGAGUACAUCGAAAACUCAGGAGUUAUUCAGGCCGCUAUUGAUUAUGAGCUUGAUUCCAAUUCAGUGGCUAAUAGCUGUAUUAAAAUCUUUAAGGUGUACAACCUAUUUCUCCAAAAUUAUGAAGCUCGGGUCAAAAUGCAUAUUUCAACUCCUUUAGAAUCAAAACUGAGUCAUAUUGUUAAGCCAAUCAAUGAAGCUAACCUUGAAGAUAUGACUGUGGUUACCUUAAUAGGCAACAAACUCUUUGAUGAAAAAGUUAUAGAAUGACUUGAUAAGCUCCAUGAAAGUGGAAAAGGGAUCUACUUUGCCUACUCUAUUCUUCUGAAUGAGCUUACCAGGCUUAGGCUGUACAACAAUCCUAUCUUCACGAAGUUGUUAGAGAUUGUUGAAAAAUCAAUCCCCUCUCUUAGGAAAGCUGACUUUGGAGAAUUUUUGAGAUACUAUUUGGCCACUGAAAGAAUACCACAAGAGUUCCUUACAAAAGAUUUCCUUCAAGAAGUCGACCUUAAAUUUGCAUCCCUGCUCAGAGAAGACUUUCUUUGGGACACUAAAAAAGAACAUAUGGCCCAUAAGCAACUCUACUCCAUGCUAGUUGUUCUAAAGUCCUUGGCAGAUAAAGGAAUUUACUUGUACGAGUCUUGGGCUGUGGUAAUGAAGAAAAUAGCUUUGGUUCCUCUACACAAAUUCUCCCCAAUCCUUCCGAUGGUGAAUAGGGUAUUGAAAAUGCUAAAGAGUGGAGACCAGAGCGAAGAGCUGCUUAGCUUCUACAAAACCUAUUCUCAAUUCGUAGAGCUAAUUAUGUCCAAAAUAACUUCAGAAAGCUUGGGAAACCUGAAAGAUGAAGAUCUUGCAUUCAUUGUCAAUCUGGUUGAUCUAUCCGAAGUCAAUCCAUCAGAAGACUCUGAAGACCCAACAAACUUGAUAGUUCAGGAAUCAGUCAAGAGGCUGGAACAAAUCGAAGAAUCAUUAGAUAUGAAAAAUUUAGAAGUCCUUUCUAGCUUCAUUUAUGGAUUCACUAAAUGGGGCUUGGUCAAGAAGCCAGAGAUACUUACUCCAAUUAAAGGCUUCGCGAGGGGAUAUGUUUUCCCAGUUAGAGGAAAGGAAAGGCUUAGAAGGCUACAUUUGGAUCAUUAUUACAACAUCUUCUACUCAUUGUCACUUGCCCAGAUUGAUGAUCGUGAUGUUUAUGCCAAUAUGAUCAAGCUAGUCUCAAAUACUAUUAAUCGCCAAGGCCGCAAAGCUGCAAGGAAUGAUCCGAUGAGAUGGAGUAUAAAGACUCAAGGAAAACUACAGCAAAUUAAUUAUUUCUUGGACAAUGGGGACAUAACUCUCUUGCCAACAAAUAAGUUAAACAAUGUUCAUAAUCAACUCCAUAAUUCUGGCUCAAAGGCGUUCUCAAAACUGGAAUUUGAUGUAAUGAAUGAACUUGACAAGAAGGGAUACCAAUAUUGGACUAAUUUUAAGCUCUUCGGAGGACUUUUUAAGCCAAAAUUCGUCGUUUUUAAGAAAGAUUCUUUAACCCCUCUGAAUUUUAGUCAAAAAGAAAUUGAGAGUGGUGAUGCAAUCAUCAUUGACUUCUUUGAUUGACCUGAAAAUGACUAUUUCUGCACUUUACCAAUAAAUGAGGACGCUCAGAGUAAUACUAGUGAGCAAGGACCAAAGGAGUGGUGGCUUGAGUGGUUCAGAGCUUCUAUCCGAGAACGUGCUACACCAGAGUAUGAAUUCAGAAAGAGGAUUUAUGAGAAUAACAAUAUUGGCCACAUCACUGUCAGAACUCAGAAUGAUGUAAAGAGUCUGGAUAAGAAAAUUGAGGAGUUAAGUUCAUAAUGUAGUUCAAUGGAA